AUGGCCGACGUGGAUAUGACUGAUAGUCCGGCGCCGCCGGCUGGAAAGAUCAAGGCCUCCAGGGCUGGGGCAAGCGGAGAUGCGUCGGAUGGCAAGAAGAGGUUCGAAGUCAAGAAGUGGAACGCGGUAGCUCUGUGGGCAUGGGAUAUCGUCGUGGACAACUGUGCCAUUUGCCGAAACCAUAUCAUGGACCUAUGCAUCGAGUGCCAAGCCAACCAAGCUUCAGCAACCAGCGAGGAGUGCACUGUAGCGUGGGGAAUCUGCAACCAUGCCUUCCAUUUCCACUGCAUAUCUCGUUGGCUCAAGACGCGACAGGUCUGCCCACUCGACAACCGAGACUGGGAGUUCCAGAAAUAUGGCCGAUAG